GCAAGGUCCAAGCAAAGUUAAUAAAAUAGUAUCUUAUAACCAAUCAUCUUAUUUUCACUAGUUUUUAAUUUACACUUACAAACAGCUGAUUUCACAAAUAUGUCUGCUUCAAACCCCGUCGUAUCACUUAGCAUUUCUGCUGACGGUAGCCCAAUCGGGAAUAUCAAUAUUUUGCUGCGCGCCGAUGUUGUUCCCAAGACUGUCGAAAACUUUCUUAAGCUGUGCACUGACAGUGAGGGUUUUGGCUACGCGGGUAGCAAAUUCAAUCGCGUAAUUCCCAACUUUAUGGCGCAGAGUGGUGCCCUUAUAAAUCGGGAUGGCACUUGUGGCGAAUCAAUUAAUAACACACUAUUUGAAGAUGAAAACUUUAUUCUCAAGCACGAUGGACCAGGCACUGUGGCUAUGGCAAAUUUUGGCCCAAAUACCAAUGACUCUCAGUUUUUUAUCACUUUUGUGAAAACUGACUGGCUGGAUAACAAGCAUGUUGUCUUUGGCAAAGUCAUUGAGGGUAUGGACACUCUCAAGAAAAUUGAGGAAUAUGGCAGCCAGUCAGGUAAAUCCAAUAAAAGUAUCAUUAUAUCUGACUGCCGCCAGCUCUCUUAAGAUUUCCUUAUUUUUCCUUAUUUUUGUUUUAUUUGAGGUCCAACUUCAUAUAAUGAUUACUUUAUAACUUAUUUUGCAGCAGUCGCUGCACACAUCAGUUAGUUGGAGUGUGCCAAUUGCAACCUAGGCCAGAUAUCAGGGUGAUACUAAUUAUUUUACUUUUCGUAUAAAGCUGUUGAAUUCUAUAUUUAAUAAAAAUAAGCCUCUCUUUGCUCAA